ACCCCUCAGUCCGCCCCAGCAUUUUUUGAACUCUCUCUCUAUCUUUCUCACUGUGUGUGGUUUUGAUGGAAUGGAAGCCCUCCAAUUUCACUUCCAAAUCAGCCCACACCAUCAUCAACAACUAAACCAACCCAAUUUCUUCAUGAACUCACACCCACUCUCACUCUCCUCCAAGCUUCUCAAACCCACAGCAAACCGUUUCUUCUUCUCUACCUCUUCUUCUCUAACAUCCUUAACAAACUCAGACCACAAAACCCCACCUCCAAAAACUCAAAAACCAGCGCUUUCAACCAACGUUUCUAGAGUUAGAGCUGUGAAGACCUCCCAAGCCCAUGAACAUGCCCAACUGAAGGAGAACUGGUUGGACUCCCUCACUUGCCCAUUGAAUGCAAAUGGGGCCUCCACUCCCACCAAUGUCACAGCUUCCAACUGGGUUAUCGGUGUCGACCCGGAUAUUCAUGGCGCUUUGGCUCUCUUGAACUUCAACACCCUCCAUUCCUCCAUUUCUUCUGCUCAGGUUUUUGAUUCUCCACACUUGCCAGUACUGGUUAGCAAAAGAGUUCGACGACGUUUAGAUGCCAAGUCAAUUGUUCAGUUGCUUCGCAGUGUUGAUGCUCCCAUAGGAACUACUGCAUAUAUAGAACAAUCAAUCCCAUAUCCACAGGAUGGAAAACAGGGGUGGUGGAGUGGAGGAUUUGGGUAUGGAUUGUGGAUUGGGGUCUUAGUUGCCUCAGGAUUUUCUGUUGUUCCAGUUCCAUCUACAUCAUGGAAAAAGGAAUUUGAACUCACUGGAAAGAGCUCUACUAAGGAUGAUAGCCGGAGAGUUGCAUCUGAAUUAUUUCCAUCGUUAAGUCCGCUACUGAAAAGAAAAAAGGAUCAUGGAAGGGCUGAGGCUCUACUCAUUGCUGCCUAUGGCAAGGGCUUGAAGAAUUUAAACCCAUCUUGCAUGUCAGAGGAAUUGGUCCCUUGACAUGGGCAGAUAGCCCCAGCAGACUACAUUCAGAUUCUAACAUUCCGGAUGUCAAUUCUCCGAAACAGAUUAGUGUUAUGAAUGAAAAUUGGACCGAUUGACAAAGCGGCUUAAGAUGUUUGCUCUAACAUUUUGUGAUACUGAGUAGAAGACUGGCGUAACCAUUUAUUGACAAUCCUAUAGGUAUUGUGGGAUUGAAACCCCCAUCCUGUACAACUGUACAUCCCAUUGUAAUUUUGCACAUAUUAAUCAAAGGAACGUUAGGUCAUUUUUGGUAA